AUGGCAAAAGGCAAUUAUUCAGCCGUCACUGAGUUCAUCCUCUUGGGCCUCACAGAUAACCUGGAGCUUCAGGCCACUCUCUUUUGUGUUUUCCUAUUGAUUUACUUAGUUACUGUCUUGGGUAAUCUUGGUCUGAUGGUGCUCAUCCAAAUCAGUCCUCAACUUCACAUUUCUAUGUAUUUUUUCCUCUGUCAUCUGGCUUUUGUUGAUUUUUAUGGUACCUCUGCCAUUACUCCAAACACCCUUGUGAACUCUUUACGAGAAAUUAAAAGCAUGCCAUUUUAUGCAUGUGCCACUCAAGUGGGCUGCUUUAUCAUAUUUUCAGUCUGGGAAUUAUUCAUGCUGUCUGUCAUGGCCUAUGAUUGGUAUGUGGCCAUCUGCAACCCUUUACUCUACAAAGUUCUCAUGCCCAGGAAACUCUGCAUCCAGUUGGUCACUAGCUCUUACAUCUACGGAUUCACCGUGGGGCUUAUUCAAGCAGUGGCUACAUUCCACAUGUCCUUCUGUGACUCUAAUGUGAUCAACCAGUACUACUGUGAUGAUGUUCCCUUGAUUGCUUUCGCCUGCUCUGACCAAGUCAAAGAGUUGAUGCUGUUCAUCAUUGCUGGGUUCAAUGUGUUCUAUUCUCUUAUCACUGUUCCUUCCUAUGUGUUCAUUGUCUUCGCCAUCGUAAAGAUCCAUUCUGCUGCAGGAAGACAAAAAGCCUUUUCUACAUGUGCUUCUGACCUGUUUUCUAUUACUAUAUAUUAUGGGACCCUCAGUUUUAUGCACUUGCGACCCAAGUCAAGCCACUCACUGGAUAAAGACAAAUUUGCCUCGGUAUUCUAUGCAGUGGUGAUUCCCAUGUUAAAUCCUUUAAUCUAUAAAUUGAGGAAUCAGGAAGUAAAAAAUGCUUUCAAGAAAAUUUUUGAAAAGAUAUAUUCUAGUAAUUGA